UGAGUUACUCCGAGGCUGUACUCGCCACCAUCAGAAACUAAACCAUCAAUACAACGGAGAGACGGUCUGUAACUACAAUCGUAAGUCACGACCGUUCGUCGAUUCGCAAAGCAAGCAAGCAGCAACACGGGUCAGGAUUAAAAGCAAGAAAAAAAAUCAUCGAUUAUUGUUAUGGUGUCAUGUGCGAGAUAGAAUUUACCGCAGAUCGUCAAAGAGUUUGGUGAAGAUUAAGUUCACAGUUUGAACGAUGUGGAGACGCUUAUGGACGCUGGGCGUCCUCGUGAUAUUGGCAUGCUUGUCGUCGGCAGACAGAGUGUCAUCCCGGAGCAGAGAUUACGAUUACGAACUGCGACAAAGUAGUCAACCCUUCAGAUGUACGUCGGAAGGGUAUCACACGGAUCCACAAGACUGCAAGGUUUAUUACAGAUGCGUCGAUUGGGGAAACGGCAGUCCUCUGACGGCCUUCCGGUUCGAGUGUGGUCCCGGAACGGUGUUCUCCAAGGAUCAGGGUGAUAUUUGCACACACCCGUCUGACAGUGGCCGACCCGAGUGCGACGAUUCCGCGAAUGAAGUCGAUUCCUAUCCGCAAGGCAACCAAGACGUUCCGAAAAAUCCUGAAUACCCUCAAACGACGUCCAGGCCGACACCGACUUCUACAACGGGAACAACGCAGGCCGCAUCGGUUUCAUCGACGCAAGCAACGAUACCGGAAAGCAGCGAUAGUGGUCUGAAUAGUAAUGUACGAUGUACUCAGGAAGGCUUCCUUGCGGAUCCCAAAGAUUGUCGAAAGUUUUAUAGGUGCGUCGACGGAGGCGCAGGCUCGUUUAUAAAAUAUGAAUUCACGUGUGGCAGCGGGACGGUUUGGGAUCCUGAAAUUGAGGCAUGUAAUCAUGCGUGGGCUGUUUCGAGGAGUGAUUGUAGCGAAAAUGGUCAAGGAGGUAACGGUGAUAAUGGUAAUCCUGGAAAUAAUGAGAGUGGGCAGUGGAAUGGAGAUACUGGAGGCAAUGAUGGACAAUGGAAUGGAGAUACUGGGAACAAUGGUGGACAAUGGAAUGGGGAUACUGGGGAUAAUGGUGGACAAUGGAAUGGGGAUACUGGGGACAAUGGUGGACAAUGGAAUGGAGACGUUGGUGAUUCAGGACAACCUGGUAACCCUGAUGGACAACCUGGUCAGCCUGGACAGCCUGGAGAUCCUAACGGGCAGCCCGGAAGUCCGGGUACUCCAGGCACACCGGGCACACCUGGAACGUCGGGAACACCGGGAACACCGGGAACGCCGGGCUCACCUGGAACACCGGGAACCCCGGGCUCACCUGGAACGCCGGGAACACCAGGAACGCCGGGCUCACCUGGACCGCCGGGAACACCGGGAACGCCGGGAACGCCCGGCUCACCUGGAACGCCGGGCUCACCUGGAACACCGGGAACACCGGGCUCACCUGGAACACCUGGAACACCAGGAACGCCGGGCUCACCUGGAACGCCGGGAACACCGGGAACGCCGGGCUCACCUGGAACGCCGGGAACACCGGGAACGCCGGGAACACCGGGAACGCCGGGCACACCUGGAACACCAGGAACAGCGGGAAUGCCGGGCACAUCUGGAACGCCGGGUUCACCUGGAACGCCGGGCACACCUGAAACGCCGAGCACAUCCGGAACGCCGGGGUCACCCGGAACGCCGGGAACGCCGGGAACGCCAGGCACAUCUGGAACACCGGGUUCACCUGGAACACCGGGCACACCUGGAACGCCGGGAACACCGAGCACACCUGGAACACCGGGAACGCCAGGCACACCUGGAACGCCGGGAACGCCGAGCACACCUGGAACACCGGGAACGCCAGGCACACCUGGAACGCCAGGCACACCCGGAACACCGGGCACACCUGGAACGUCGGGAACGCCGAGCACACCUGGAACACCGGGAACGCCAGGCACACCCGGAACACCGGGCACACCUGGAACGCCGGGAACACCGGGCACGCCUGGAACGCCGGGAACGCCAGGCACACCUGGAACGCCAGGCACAUCCGGAACACCGGGCACACCUGGAACACCGGAAACGCCAGGCACACCCGGAACACCGGGCACAGCUGGAACGCCGGGAACGCCGAGCACACCUGGAACACCGGGAACGCCAGGUACACCUGGAACGCCAGGCACACCCGGAACACCGGGCACAGCUGGAACGCCGGGAACGCCGAGCACACCUGGAACACCGGGAACGCCAGGCACACCUGGAACGCCAGGCACACCCGGAACACCGGGCACACCUGGAACGCCGGGAACGCCGAGCACACCUGGAACACCGGGAACGCCAGGCACACCUGGAACGCCAGGCACACCCGGAACACCGGGCACACCUGGAACGCCGGGAACGCCGAGCACACCUGGAACACCGGGAACGCCAGGCACACCUGGAACGCCAGGCACACCCGGAACACCGGGCACACCUGGAACGCCGGGAACACCGGGCACACCCGGAACCCCAGGCACCUGUAACGAAGAGGGAUUUUUCGCAGACCCUAACGAUUGUCGUAAAUUCUAUCGCUGUGUUGCUGAUGGUGCAGGUUUCAUUAAAUAUCGAUUUGACUGCGGCGCUGGAACUGUAUGGGACCAAACUGCACAAAGUUGCAAUCAUUAUUCUGCAGUACCCACUUGUAAUCCCAGUACUGGAGGGUCAAAUUCUGUCGAUGGCCAGGAAGAUCAAAAUAAAUCAACCAGUAAACCCGGAACUACUACAACAAAUGUACCAACCAGCACUAGGAAAGAAGGCGGUACUACGAAGCUGCCCACGUCAAAUGUCAUGACAACAUCUUCUAACGAAAUAACUACGCAAAUUCCUGAAAAGCAGCCCCCCACAUCAACAUCUGAAACUGAUAGGAGCACCGUGGUAACAGAAUCAUCAUCUUCACCUGAGCCUGCUGAUCAAUUAACGACUAGGUCGACGACCCCGACUUCAGGGAACCAGGUAACAACAGUCUCACCCACAGAAACGUCUUCCCAACCAGAUGUCGGUUCGUCGAAAAUUCCCGAAACAUCGUCGACACCAUCCUCACCUCCACAAGUGGGAACAACCGAUUCACAGGGAGCAGUUACGAGCCCGCCUGAAAGUUCAACUCCGUCCACAAAAGCUACGAAUUCGCCAGGAACCGCUACUUCGAUGAAUCCGGAUGGCUCUGACAAGUCUGGAGAAUGCUCAGCAGAAGGAUUCUUUGGUCAUCCAACAGAUUGCCGUAAAUUCUAUCGUUGCGUAUCGACUGAUUCGGGGUACACGAAAUAUGACUUCGAAUGUGGUACCGGAACAGCUUGGGACGCGUCGGCUGAAACUUGCAAUCAUGUCGAGCAAGUAUCAUCAUGUAAUAGUCAAAGUAAUGGAACUGAUCAAAGCACAAAUUCCACGACGAGUACAACUCCAUCUAGUAGUACAGAUCCGUCUUCCACAACCACUGAAAAUACGAGUGUGGGAAAUCCCGAAGGAACUACCCAGCACUCCGGAGUAGACAGAACUGAUGAAGUUGGCCAAGUUAUUUCAAGUACCGAAGGUGGUCAACAAAUGACUACCAAAGCACCUGAUCCGACCAACUCACCCGGUGAUUCUACCACCCAGAGUUCAUCAGUCCAGUCGACAACUAUCGAAACAACUGAAACUUUAUCCGAAUCAACUUCCACCGAAGCUUCAUCGGAAUCUUCUCCACAAUCCAGCUCCACUCAAACUUCGCCCGAAUCAAGUUCCACUGAAUCUUCCUCUGAAACAAAUUCAACCCUUGGCUCAACGGAAACAUCAGUUCCACCAUGCGCGACGGCUAAGCCAAACAUAACGGAAACUUGCGAGGAGGAAGGAUACUACCCACAUCCAACGGAGUGCGAUAAAUUUUAUCGAUGCGUCGAUAACGGGAAUGGUUUCAAUAUAUACAAUUUCGAUUGUGCGCCUGGAACUAUCUUUGAUCCAAGUGUCAGUGUUUGUAAUUAUCCUUCCGCUGUGUACCCGCCAAGAGACUGUUCAGGAAGCGUUCAAAGACCUGGUACGACCGCAGCUCCUGGUGAGACUGUAACGUCGACUGAAAUGACAACGCGAGAUUCAGAGUCUACAACAUCAGCUGAAUCGACCUCCUCAAAUGGAUCGACGACACAAGAAUCUGAGUCAACUACAUCGGCCGAGUCGACAACUCAAGAACUGGAAUCUACGACGUCAGCUCAAUCGACGACAGAAGAAUCUGAGUCAACUACAUCGGCCGAGUCGACAACUCAAGAACUGGAAUCUACGACGUCAGCUCAAUCGACGACAGAAGAAUCUGAGUCAACUACAUUGGCCGAGUCGACAACUCAAGAACUGGAAUCUACGACGUCAGCUCAAUCGACGACACAAGAAUCAGAGUCAACGACAUCACCUGAAUCGACUACACAAGAAUCAACAUCUACGACGUUGGCCGAAUCAACAACUCCAGAACUGGAAUCUACCACGUCAGCCGAGUCAACAACGCAAGGAUCAGAGUCGACAACUUCAGCUGAAUCGACAACGCAAGAAUCAGAAUCGACCACGUCGACAGAGAAUCCUGUAUCCAGCACGACAAACGAAAGCACUACAACAACUUCAGGGGAAACAACCGAGGAAGGACAAACUACGACUGAUUCGACAACGGAAUCGUCCACCGUGAGCACUGAAUCUCCGAUAGAAUCAACGACAAGUCCAUCUAAGACAACGACGCAGUUUUCAACGGACACAACAACAGCGGGAACGACGGACAGCACUUCCGAAGGAACAACUGAAACCACUACCGAAGUUCCGACACCGUCUGAACCCGGAACAACUCAAGCUUCGUCAGAAUCAACUACGGAAAAAGCUGAGUCUACGACUGUCACUGAGUCCACUGGUUCCACAACGGAGUUGGAAUCGACAACAGAGAGCAUUGAGAGUACUACUGGAGGUUCGCAGACGACCACAGAGCAGUCGGAAAACACUACGGAAGAGCAGAAAACAACGGAAUCCACAGAACAGACGACCUCGGAAGCUCCGGAGUCUACAACAGACUCUCAAGGUACUACAACUGAUCCAUCAAGUCAGACAACCACACAAAAAUCCGAGGAAUCAACCACGGAUAUUGCUCUAACAACAACAGAAGUCGGGUCAACUGAAAAACCGCAAGUCACACCCUGCCCCCUUGCAAACUUGACCAACGAACAGAUAGCGUUGGUUUGUCCAACCGGGUUCCAUCGCCAUCCAAAGUACUGUAAUCUAUUUUACCAAUGCACAUCAGCAAGUAACAUGGAAAUCAAGGUUUUAAUUCUGAGUUGCCCCGAAGACACUGUUUACGACAGUCAGAAGAUCCAGUGCGUUCCUGAGGAGGAUUCGAGUGAACCAUGCUCUGGAUCAAAGGCCGAUGCCAGAUUCUACCGGAGAUUGAAGGACAACUCUAUGCCUCCCGUGAAAGUUCACAGUCAGAGCCUCUGUCCGAACGAAGGUCAUUAUCCAUAUCGCGAGGACUGUAGCAAUGCCUUCUACAAGUGCAAACGUGACAUAACGGGCUCGUUGCAGGGAUAUGUUUACAAAUGUCCACAAGACUUCGUUUAUUGGUCAGUUUCAAGAAGAUGCGAGAGAGCCAAUCGUCUGCCGAUGUGUUCGUCCGCGGAAUACAAGAAUAAGAAUUAUUCUUGGGAGAGUCGUUGGGGUGUGCCAGUAGAAGAUUCUAAUUUUUCCGCGAGAAUGCUCAAUUUUGAAAGCUAUUAAUUAUUGGAUAAGUUCCGUACAUAUGCGUUAGAUUGUAGAUGAUAGAAUUACGACAUGGAUGUUGGAAAUCUUUUUAUUAGUUUAAUUUAUGUAUGGAUUUUCAGCAUCCAUUGUAGUUCAGGCAGCUGCCAUUUUUGAGUAACCAUUUAAUACUUACCUAAAUAGUUACCUUGAAACAGCAGCUUGUGCCUCGUUAUCACAUGAAUUCUAUUUCCAAUAAUUAAUGAUGAAUAGAGAGAAUCUCCGUACGAUUUUAACAAUCCUAGCGAUAAAAUCAUACGUGACAUUCAGGGACUUGGUUGUGGGAUAAGUGGUCAUAAUCACAUUUAAUAUCAAGUAUUUAGUGAUUGUUGAAAUAUGUAAUGCUAUCAUCUUUAUUUAUUUUACUAAAACUUAGCAUCUUGCCAAUCACGUGGCAGAACAGAAUAAAAUCAAAAGCUGGUUUCUUAUUGGAUAUUUCCACGACUGUAUAUGUACAAUAUUUAAUUUCUAUUCUUUUCUUUUAUUUAAUGUUAAUAUUAUUUCAUAUUAGUCACUUAAUUAUAUCUAAACUAUCCUAUGAAUUAGGAGAUGAAUAAACUAUUUCGUAGCUGUACAAUCGUACAAAUGUGUCUACAGUACUCUACAGAAGUCUGAUUUUUGUGUUUAUAAUACCUGAUCUCUGCGCUAAUUGCUUUUUUUUUUUUUGUCUGUGCUUGUUUUAUCAAUAUAAAAUAUAAUACAAAAUGAAAGAUUUAUUCCCUGGAAUAUCACAGCAAAUACCAUUACUUGUGAUUGCCCAGUGUUGUUACUUUAUAAAUUAUAUGAGCA